AUGGCAUCUCAGGCUCCCGUGGCCACGACCCUGCCAGACGCUCCGCCCGACGACUUCUUGAACCCAACCCAAUGGCGCGUCGUUUAUGCUCUCCUCGACGGUGCCCUCCCCUCCAUCACCUCCAAGACCGCCCUUAAGGACAAAGAUGGUCAGAUCAUCCUCCCCGACCAUGAGCUGGAUCGCGUGCUCGAGGACGCACUCGCGUCGCUCGCCGGCCCUGCCACUAAGCGGAACCUCCUAGAAUUCCUCGAGGAACGACCAUCAGACGACGCUCGCUUCCGGGAGAACGUCUUGAGAACGCUGAGCCUCACUCCUCCAGACCAACAGCGCAGGCUGGCCGGGUUCCUGAGCCUGAUGGCCACUCGGCCGGGAAGUCUUCUUCUCACCGGCUACUGGCAACCCGUCUAUAAUCAGCCCACCCAGGUUCGGGAAGCCAUCCUGAAGUCGUGGCUCGCUUCUAGAAGAGUCCGUAUCAGGACCCUUGCCAAGACAUUUACAACAUUGGCCCUCAAGACAACGGCUCACACCAACAAGAUCCUUCACGAGCUAUCGGGGUAUAGGGAUACGCCUCAGGACUGGAAGCCUGGCCAAGGCUUCGAUUUCAAGUUUAUCCAGUUCGAAUCCGAUCAAAACGACCAAGUUCUCGAGGCCGACGUCGCCAUCGUCGGUUCCGGCUGCGGUGGAGGCGUGAGUGCCAAAAACCUCGCCGAGGCGGGCCACAAGGUCCUCGUAGUAGACAAGGCGUAUCACUUCCCUCCCACCCAACUCCCUAUGACCCAGGAUGCCGCAUGCAACUACCUCUACGACAACAACGGCUUUUACAUUACCGAAGAUAGCGGAUGUAACGUAUCCGCAGGUAGUGCGUGGGGCGGAGGAGGCACUGUUAACUGGAGCGUGUGUCUACGACUGCAGGACUCUGUGCGAAAGGAAUGGGCCGACACUGGCCUCCCAUUCUUCGAAUCACCAGAGUUUGAUGAGUGUACCGACCGCGUAUGGGACGUGCAAGGAGCAGGGACAGGUCAGAUCCGCCACAACCACCGCAACCAGGUUUUGCUUAACGGCAGCAAGAAGCUCGGCUGGGCAGCUCGCGAAACUCCCCUGAAUACGGCAGGCAAAGAACAUUACUGUGGCCACUGCCAUCUAGGAUGCGGUUCGGCAGAGAAACGAGGUCCGGCACAAAGCUGGCUCCCAGAUGCCGCGCAGGCGGGAACUCAGUUCAUAGAAGGCCUCAAUGUCGAAAAGAUAUUGUUCGAGGAAGAUGGGCAGACAGCUAUCGGGAUCGAGGGCGAGUGGACGUCGAGGGAUGCGGCGGGUGGUGUGAGCGGGCCGGAUAGCGAGAGAGUGAAGAGGCGAGUAAUCAUCAGGGCCAAGAAGGUCGUCAUCGCCGCCGGCACGCUCUGGAGUCCGAUGGUCUUGAUGAAGAGUGGAAUCAAUAACCAACAUCUCGGGUCAAACUUGCAUCUCCACCCUUGCAACAUCGUCACAGCCGUAUACAAAGAAGAGACACGGCCGUGGGAGGGAGGAAUCAUUACCAGCGUCUGCUCGGAGUUUGAAAACCUCGAUGGGGUCGGCCAUGGCGUCAAGCUGGAGACGACAUGUAUGGUGCCCUAUGCGGUUUUCUCCACGCUUCCUUGGAGAAGUGGACUGGACGCAAAGUUGGAGAUGAUCAAGUAUCGCCACACCGACGGUUGGGUUUCCAUCACGCGGGAUCGCGACACCGGCAAGGUGUUCCCGGACCCGACAACAGGCCGGCCCCGGAUCGAAUACACUCCCUCCGACUACGACCGGUCCCACACUCUACAGGGCGUCCAGUCUCUCUCCAAACUCUGCUAUGUCACGGGGGCGACAGAGAUUCGCCCCUUGCUGACGGGCCUCGAACCUUUUAUCCGGUCCGUGGCGCCGUCAUCCGAGAAUACCCUCGAGGCCGGCGGCCCAGUCCCCGACCCAGAGACCAACGACCCGGCCUUUGCCGCUUGGCUGGCGCGAGUCCGCGAGGUUGGCAACAAGCCGCCUGCGACGAUGUGGUCGUCGGCCCACCAGAUGGGUACCUGUCGCAUGAGUGCGAGCCCAGACGAGGGAGUGGUGGACGAGAAGGGCCGGGUCUGGGGCACUCACAACCUCUACGUUGCCGACGGUAGCGUGUUCCCCAGCGCCAGUGGAGUGAACCCUAUGGUUACCAUCAUGGCCAUUGCGGAUUGGAUAUCUCGAGGUGUGGAUGCCGACCUGAAGGCGCAAUGA